CGCCAAGCCUACAUUUGGACACAAUUCUUGCACGAUAACAUUCUUCCCCUGGAGGGUGUUACUGUGGCCUAUGAAUUUGAGCCACUUCCCACAUUGGUCACUCCGUGGAUGGAAAAUGGAUGUCUCGACGACUAUUUGAGACAGAAAUUUGGUCUUUCGUGGGAGAGGAAGUUAAGUAUGGUAAGGGAAGUAGCAGCUGGUCUUGAGUAUUUGCAUGACAAGGAUAUUGUCCAUGGUAACCUUACUGCUCAUAACAUUCUCCUUGAUGGUUCAGGCCAUGUGCACAUCGCAGACUUCAGUCACUCCAUAAUCCUGGCUGAAGCAGGCAGCUGGAUGUUCAGCGAGCAACCCUCGGGAGAUGCAAGGUACACUGCGCCCGAGUCUAUUUUCACUAGUGGCCAGACAGGAGCAUCAAAGCCAACCAAAUCAGGAGAUGUGUACUCAUAUGGCUGCGUCCUGAACCCCUCAUAUCUUUCUGUAGGUUCUGGAAGGCAAGGUGCAUACCAUUACGUCCGCAAUCAAGCAGCCAUAAUCAAUAACAUAUCACACAGAAUAAUGCCCAAAAGGCUACCCACAUCUGAUAUCAUUGACAGCAACUGGGAUUUCAUGCAGACCUGUUGGUCAAGAGAUAUGGAGCAUCGGCCUCUGACGAAGACGUUCUGGAAUUUGUGGGAGGAUGAGCUCAAAUUCAAUCAUAGUGAAUGUUGCCUCUGUACUUGUUUAUUGUGUGUAGAUUAG